AUGACUCCUAUGUUCCUAGUCCUUAUAGUAGCCACCGUUCUGUUCGGUGGCGCCACCACAGAUCAGUCUGGAUGCAGCGACACUCUCACCAGCCUUUCCCCUUGUCUUGCUUACCUCAACGGUGGCUCAUCAUCACCUACUUCAUAUUGCUGCAGUCGAUUUUCCACGGUGGUUCAAUCUUCACCCGAGUGUUUGUGCUCCGUGGUUAAUAGCAACGUAAGCUCCUUUUCAGGGUUCAGCUUCAACCGGACCUUGGCUUUCAAUCUCCCCACCGCUUGUAAUGUUCAAACUCCAUCGCCCACUCAGUGUAACGGUAAUAAACAGAAAUGA